AUGACUCGGGCGCUAACCGGGUGUCUCGAUCCAAGCGAGUUUGCAGACCGCUUGGAUAGGUACACCGUCGUCAAAGCUCGCUUUCCGCAUGAAGGCAGACGGAAGUGGCGUUUGCGAAUAGCGGAAGAGUUCUUCGCGCUCGCGCUAGAGGACAAGCAGAAAUACGUUGCGGCUGUACCAGUUCCCGUCGCAGAAGCGGAGGAUGCCGAGUACUCUACAGACGACGAUCCGCUAGACGACGCGACGGACGCCCCGGGACUGGGUGUCGUCGUCCGCACCGACUUCUCAAACGAAGAAGCUUGGCAAGCCUUCUCCGAAAAGCUCCAAGCCGCCGAGGCCGAAUUCAGCUCUGCGCCGUCUAACGAGCCCAAAAAGGCAGAAAGCUCUACUGCAGGCGAGACUUCUAGGGAUGCCGACGAGGAGAUGGACGAAGACGGGCCCGAGGCAGACGAAGCUGAGCUCGAUGAAAGCGACACAGCUCCCAUCUUCAACGUUAUCAAUCCCACCGCGACGAGUGGAUGUGAAUGGCUGCAAGACAUUUCCAAUCUUACUGCAUUACGGCUUUUCAAUGACGUCGAUAUCCGACCUGCUCCCGCGCCUGCUACUGGCGAGAAGCGCAUCAAGCCGCCAAAUCGGCUUGUUGACUAUCAUGGUUGGCAGGAAAUCUACAUUGGCAAGACGCUGUGGAUCUACGAUGCCAGGUCCAACACGGACCAGUGUGUCAGACUCGUCGGUCAGCAGGGUGCGAUGUACGGCACUGCUACCGGCGACAGCUGGCGCGCCCGUGUCAGUCACAUCUGCGAGCUGCAGGUUAACCUUGCUUCAGGCGCCAUGACAAUUGACUUCGGAGGGCAAGACCGUUGGGAUUAUCCAGAGCGCGUCCGUAACAUGGAAGAAGCAGAGAGGCCUAUCGCAUGAUCAAAAGAAAUAUAGAGCAGAUUUUGUACCUACUAAACGUGACAGUUCAAUAUAAUUGUACAUGUGCCAACCAGAUAUCUAUGCAAGCCUCAAUAUAAAUAGCGAUAACCAAAAGCGCGAAAGAUAAGUAGUUCUGGAUGCAAAGAGCGGACCAAGCACAUGUUCCAGUGCAGUCGGGCUCACCGUGUCCGCAUGGGGCUGUCCUCGCGCAUGCGCAUCGGCGUGUCUUCGCCUGAAGAAGAUGUUGUAGACCGCAUGUCACUCGUGCGCUGGUGCAUGCGCGAGGACGAGCGCGCGCGGCUGUGAAGAUGCUCAAGCCGCUGGGCACUCGGGCCCGCACGUGCCACGCGGUGGUGGAGCGGCGAGCGGCGGUCGCCAUCGUCGAGGAGCUGAUCCUCCUCGUCUGAGCCGAGGUCGCGGCUGUCGAAAUAGCCCCACGCGCUCUCAAUCUCGUUGUAGCCGGUGUAUGAGCUCGAGCUGGCGGCGCGUCUCGUGCUGCUGCUGAUGGCCAUGCGGGUAUGGAGCGCAGACGGCGAGGUCGAGACCGAGGUCGAAGAAGACGCGGGAGACGAUGACGGCACGGACGCCUGCCGGGGC